CCAGAUGUUGGGAUGGCCGAGCAGGAUGCACAGAAGUUCUUUCAGCAGCUCAUUGCGGGUGUGGAAUAUCUGCAUGGUCUUGGGAUUACUCACAGAGAUAUAAAGCCAGAGAAUCUGCUGCUUGAUGACCGAGAUCUUCUAAAAAUCUCUGAUUUUGGACUGGCCACCGUUUUUAGACAUAAUGGACGGGAGCGUCUGUUGAACAAGAUGUGUGGUACUCUGCCAUAUGUGGCCCCUGAACUCAUCAAGAUGCGAGCUUUUCAUGCUGAGCCUGUGGAUGUCUGGUCAUGUGGAAUAGUCCUGAUUGCAAUGUUGGCUGGAGAAUUACCAUGGGAUCAGCCAAAUGAUGCCUGUCAAGAAUAUUGUGAUUGGAAGGAAUCUAAGCACUACCUGACUCCAUGGAAGAAGAUUGAUGCUGCACCUUUAGCUUUGCUUUGUAAGAUACUAAAUGAAAACCCAAACUCAAGGAUUACGAUACCGGAAAUCAAAAAGGACCGUUGGUUCACCAAACCACCCAAGAAAGGUAUGAAGAGGAGCCUCUCGUCAUCCGGGGGAUCUGAAGCACCUGGACUUUUCAGCAAACAUAUUCGGUCUGAUAUGGAUUUAUCUCCAUUCUCCCACAGUGAAGAGAAGGUGACCUUUUCCAGUACACAGCCAGAACCCCGCACUGCCCUCCCUACUUGGGAUAGCUGUUCUUCUCAUAUAGAUAGACUGUUGCAGGGUAAAGGAAUCAGUUUCUCUCAGCCGGCCUGUCCUGAGAACAUGCUGCUGAGCAGCCAGUUACUGGGGACUCCGGGUUCCUCACAGAACCCAUGGCAGCGCUUGGUUAAAAGGAUGACCCGCUUUUUUACCAAAGUUGAUGCAGAAAGCACAUACAACAAUCUGAAGGAGACUUGUGAGAAGAUGGGCUAUGUCUGGAAGAAAUGUGUCAACCAGGUGACACUUUCAACGACUGAUCGAAGAAACAACAAACUGAUAUUCAAAGUUAAUUUAGUGGAGAUGGAUGAAGGAAUUUUACUGGACUUUCGCCUUUCCAAGGGUGAUGGUUUAGAGUUCAAACGACAUUUCCUGAAGAUAAAGAAGAAUAUGGAGGGCAUAGUUGCAAACCAAAAAGUUAUGAUGUCUAUUACAUGAUCACAUGGGGUAUAGGUUGUGACUUUUUUAAUGCUCUGACCCCAGACUCAUGUUGCCAUUAAGUACUAGUUCUUGUUUUGCAUAUAUUAAUCUGGCACUGUUUGGUGAGUAGCUACUGAUGUGGUCAGUGGAAGUCUAAAUGCUUCCUGGUGUUCCGGAGAGGGUAGAGUCCUAGUUAUCUGACAUGUAAGAAUUUGUCAUGGGCUCAACUAUAUUUCAUUGAAGAAAUAGUGAAGCAAAGAACUGUUGAAAUUUUUUUUAUUUUUUGUGACACUUUCCUGGUUUUUUCUCAAUACAGUUUGUGAACACAGUCCUGCACCAGUAAUGUAAAGUUGUCACAACAUUGUGAGCCCCUGAGUUUAUCAAGGAAGUUUGGCUGCUCCUUCUGUGAACCUGAUUUCAGAGCAGAUUACCUGGGUUAAAGCUACUGUUAUCAGAUUGUUACCCAUUGGUGACAUUUAGGCUUCAUUCACACGUCCGUGAGAAACCGGACUGGCGUCCUGCUUUAGUGCAGGAGCGCACGGCGUCAUUGGUUACUAGGACGCCGUGCGCUUUGUGCCGCCGUAGUACAUACUCGUAUAGAGCAUAUGAGUGUAUUGCUGUACUGCGAUGGCAGCACAAACCGCACGGCGUCAUAGCAACCAAUGACGCUGUGCGCUCCUGCACUAAGCAGGAUGCCAGUCUGUUAUCUCAUGGACCGUGUUCCACGGACAUGUGAAUGAAACUUUACUCUGUGAUACAAUAAAUGAGUGGUGUUUCCUGUAUAGAUGGGAGCAUGCUUGCUCUCAGAGAACAUAUUAUAAGUUGUCUUGGGACAAUUGUGACCACAGACUAAAUGCUAUGAUUAAGGUCUCUUGCACACGAACGUGUGUGCCCCGUGGCCGUGAUGCACACCGCAAAUUGCGGGCCGCAAUGCACGAACACAAACUGUGGGGCAGCUGCAGUGGAUCGCGGACCCAUUCACUUUAAUGG